CACGACCGCGGCCAAAAAUGGUAAAAACCAAGUACAUAAGAGCACAAAUUUAUUGAUGAGAAUUGAUAGAAAACAUUCCAGUUAGGAAUAAUAUGAAUUUUGGUAGUGAUACGUCAAGUAGUUUUGCCUGUACGAGGGUUCAAAUCUGAUAGUUUUUGGCAAUCGGCAUUUUUCUAUUUUUUUCGGAAAAUUGACACUUUUUUCAUAUGUUCAAAAAUUUGAAUAUUAAAAGUAACGGUUAUAAAAAAAGUGUUUAUUUUAGUUACUUGGGAUGUCAAAAACUUGGCUUCACCUUUGUUUGGGUGUAAAUAGUGAUCAUAUGGUGUUUACAGUUACAAACACCUGUUGUACUUAGUUCAUCUAUUUUGUAAAGCAAAUCUUGAAAUUAGUGGAGUAGAAAAAAAAAGGUUAAAAAAGUUUAGUCUACAUUUUUGUUGAUUUUAGUUGUGAAAAUGACCACCUCUUUAAAAAACUGUGACAUAUUUUUGGAAUGGUUAGAAGUAAAGUAUCAAAGUAUGUCAUAUGUUCUGGCAAAACUUAAAGAAUUUAUUGAGGAUCGAAUUGGAAGGAAAAUGACGGGCGAAGAACACAUAAAGGUUAAAAAUAUUUGCUACAAAUUGUCUUCUACGUGGAAAAAAUACUAUCAAAAGAGGGAUAAAGUAGAAAUGGUCUUAAAAGAUUGGUUUCUUAUGGAUACGUUUAAAUUUGAUUCGGAACCUGAUAAGUCUACAUCAAGAGGUCGACCACGCAUUAACUUUGAGGAAAGUUCAUGUAGAACAAAAAGGCGACGUGUAGGUGAACUUGUUGCAUCUACUUCGGCGGACAUCAUAACAACAGCUGCAAAAAGAUUUUCGAAUGUAAAGGAAACGGACAUUAUUUCAGUGGAAAAAGCAUUGGCGCUCUACGUGGAUAUGGAUUUAUCAGUUAGACAGUAUAACAUGAUGAGAAAUGCUGUAAAUGCUAUACAUAAAAAUUGUUUCCCAUCGUAUUAUGCUAUAGCAGAAGCUAAGAAAAAAUUGAUUCCAGAAAAUAUAGAAGUGACGGAAACAUCAAUGAAUGUACCUCUACAAACACUUUUGGAUAAUACCGCGAAGAGCAUUCUAACUAAACUACAAAUUUGUCCGAAAAAUAAUAUAACUUUAGAAUGUAAAUGGGGAUUUGAUGGCAGCAGUGGUCAUAGCCUCUAUAAACAAAAAUUUCGAAACGAAGACGCAACAGAUGAAUUUAUGUUCGUUUCUUCAUUUGUGCCCUUGCGUAUUUUAGAUGAUACAAACGAAAAUGUCUUGUGGCAGAACGACAGGCACUCAUCUUCAAGGCUAUGUAGACCUAUUAAAAUACUUUUUACAAAGGAAAAUUCACAGACUAUAAAUGAAGUCAAAGAAAACAUAGAGAAAGAAAUAGCAGAUUUGGAUGCUUGUGUAUACAUUGAUAACAGUUAUGAAAUUAUGAUUUCUCAUCGCAUGAAACUAACAAUGGUUGACGGAGCUGUAUUAAAUGUAUUGUAUGGCAAUAAAAGUUGUGCAACCUGUGUUUUAUGUGGCGCCAAGCCUUCACAAAUGAAUGAUGAAUCUAUAUACCAAAGAGAAGUCAACGAAGAGUGUUAUAGGAACGGUAUAUCUAGUUUACACGCCUGGAUUAAGUUUUUUGAGUGCAUUGUUCAUAUUGCAUAUAAACUACCUGUCAAGACAUGGCGAAUUGAUAGUAGAAACACAAUAUUAGUGAAUGAAAAUAAAAUCAGGAUACGAAGAGCAUUAAAAACAAAUCUAGGUCUUCUUGUCGACAAAAUAAAACCGGGCUACGGGACAUCAAAUGAUGGAAAUACAGCUCGACGUUUUUUUUUUCAAACAUUGAAGUAGCGGCAGAUAUUACCGGGGUCGACAGAAGAUUAAUUUACAAUUUUUCCCUCAUUUUGCGGAUUUUGUCUUGUGGGAGAUUUAUAAAUAUAAAUUUAUUUCAUAAGCUUCUUCAAGAUACAUGGCAACUUUACAUCGACUUAUACUCUUGGUAUUACAUGCCAGUCACGGUGCAUAAAAUUUUAGUUCAUGGCAUUGGAUAUGUAAGGUACAGUACAUCCCCUCUUGGACUGCUUUCGGAAGAGGCUAUCGAGUCAUGCCAUAAAAUAAUUAGGAGCAACCGUUUGAAACACACCCGAAAAUGUGGUAGAGUCGAGUCAAAUAGGGAUUUAAUUCAGUAUUUGAUACUACAAUCGGACCCUGUAAUAUCCUUGAACAGUCAUAAUAUAUUGGCCCGAAAUUAUAACAUGGAAGACAUUAAAUCAUAUAUUUGUGAAGAAAAUAA